AUGUCCGACCCAGCCGAGCAUGCUGGUCUGCCUCCGAGCGGCCCCGCUCCUGCUGGUCCCCGUAGUGGCCGUGGUAAACGGCUCACGGCCUUGGAAGAGUCCGCUCUCUUGGACCUAUGCAAAGUGCGUACGAAGGGUGGCUGCUUCGCCGACCAGCCCAAGCGGUUCUGGCGCGAAGUCUCGCAGGCAUUUGAGAAAGAAACCGGUCGACCUUAUUCGUGGCAGUCGUGCCGCCGUCGCAUGACCAAGUUGGAAGGAGAUGCCAAUUUCCAGCACACUUAUGUCCCUUCGCGCACUUCGCCCGUCCCAGCGGAGCCCUCUCAACCCACCUCCGCCCUCGACUCCACCAAUGACGAGAGUGCUAGUGGCUUUGGUGAUGAUGACGAUGGUGGCCUUCCUCCAGCGGUUUCUUUCGUGAGAGAAAGUCUCCACCGUCACGAUGAUCCCGGGGAGCGCGCAGUGAAUCAAACCUGUAUCAGCAUCGUCAAUGAAAGUGUGGAAAACUUGGACAUCAAGUUGCAAACCUUCGGCCCGACAGUUUUCAAAGACCUGUAUGAGCUGCGUAAAGUCCAAAAAGCAUUUUUCGACUUCAAAAAUGAGUUUGAUAUGGCUUUGGAGAAGGUCAAACGUGGUCAGGAAGAGGGGCGUCUGUAA